AUCUCACUCUAAUAAUGCAUCUAUCUAUCUAUGCUAUGUGUCCUUCUCCUCCUCCGUGUCUAGCAGCUACCUCAUCAUCUCAUCUAACAACAAACACACACAAGUCCCCUUCACUUUCCUCCUUUCUUCUUCUUCUUCUUCUUCUUCUUCUCUGGAUAGAUAUGUAUAUGUUUGUGUCUUUCCUUUUUUUAAAAUAUCAUUCAUUCAAUAAUAAUUCAAACAAUUAAUGGUGGGCAGCUCAGCUAAGCAUUGACUCACAUUUUUGCAUAAUUAAAUUAUUCAUUUUCCCUCCACAUUUAACACCCCCAUCCCUGACAGAGCCAAGGAAGAAGAAGAGGCUAACUGAACCAAGGAGAUUUGGUUUGGGUCUGUCUUCCUCUUCGACUUGUUCUCUCCUUGUAUUCCAAAAGACGUGCCUCCCUGCUCUUUUUCAGGAAGAAAAUAUCUUUGAAACUAAGACAAGAAGAUGUGGGUAAUGCUUAAUCUCCACAACUGAGUGUGCCGGCCGUCCUAAUUCCACCAUCAUCAUUUACCUGGUCAAUUCAUCCUCCUCCUACUCACCAGGGUUGCCAAUUGCCAUAACCUAAACCGACCAUGAUGUCCAAAAAUAGAACAAUGAAGAGGUUAGAGUCCAGGAAAUCACAUUCCUGGUGGUUUGACAGUCACAUCACCCCGAAAUCAAACAAAUGGCUUGCCGAUAGUCUCCAAGAGAUGGACAGGAGCGUCAAUCGGAUGCUCAAGCUCAUCGAAGAGGAAGGAGAUUCCUUUGCAAAGAAGGCUGAAAUGUAUUAUCAGAAAAGACCCGAGUUGAUUGCACAAGUCGAGGAGUUCUACCGCAUGUAUCGCUCGUUAGCUGAGCGCUACGAUAACCUGAGCAAGAGCAUCCCGGCUGAUCAUCAGCUCCAAACUCAGAGUUCAGCUGUCUCCGAUGCUGGGUCUGAAUCUGGACCACCUGUGCCUGCUCCCAAGGAACUAAAAAGACAUACUCGCCGCAAGUCCAUCACCAACAGAGCUGCUGGUUUCCAAGUCUUUCUUGGGUCUCGCGGAGGCAGCUCUGAGAGGCCUGAUUCGGAUGAUUACUCGGAUUCUUCUUCAGAAUCUGACAGCAUCACUUCAUCUAAGAACACCGACUCGGGUCCGCUGGCUGCGAAUGGUGAUGACAUGGGACUUAGCCAGAGGAUUGUUGAGUUGGAGGUUGAGCUUCACGACGUGAAAGAGAAGCUUCGGAUGGCAGAGGAAGAGAAUUCGUCGGUGACUACUUCCCCAAAGGUUUCUCAAGAGAAUGGAAACAGCGAAGAUCUUCUUGGCAGAAUCCAGUGGUACGAGGAAGAAUUGAACGUUGCAAAUAAAAAGCUUCGGUGCACGCAAGAUGAGAUGGAGAGGUUAACACAAAUCAACAUUGAGAACGGACUAAUUGAUGCGUAUAUCAAGUCUGAGACAAUUCAGGUAUUGGAGCUGCAAGAAAAGAUUGCAGCGCUGACCCUUGAACUUGAGAAAAGUAAAUCUUCUGAAUUAGCAACCAACGUUGGUGAUUUGGAGGAAGACGCAGGGCUCCAAGACCAAAAGCUUCAUCUUUCAGAAGAAGAAGAGGUUGCAAGGUUGAAACUUGAACUAGAGGAGACCAAAUCUUCUUUGAAGAAAAUCGAGGUCUGGGCGGCAGAGCUGAAAGAUCAGAAUGAGACGUUAGACAUGAAUGUAUCCAACCGUGAUACAGAGAUUGCGGAACUGAAAUUAGUCAUCUCUGAUGCUGUGCUAAAAUUCAAUGCUGAGAAAUCUCAACUGCAGAAGGUCAUAUCAGCGUUAGAAGAGGGUCAGGUUGAACUAGAGAUGAAGCUGAAGAGUUCAGAGUCGCGCAUUCAGUCACUGGUAGACGAUUGUAAGAGGGUGGAACAUGAAAAGAUUGAAUUUCAAGUUUUGCAGGAGAAUCGUGAAGCAGAUAUGCACAGCGAGAUGGAGAUAUUGAAAGCAGAGAUUGUUGAGAAAGGGAACCGGCUGGAAGAGUUAAACAAGACCAUGGAUGGACUUAAACUCAAUUUUGAUACAUUGACAGAAGAACGAGACGAGCUGAACGCAAAGAUAAGUUCUUUGGUAGCUGAUGCUGGGUCUAGAGAUGAUAAGAUCCGUCCAAUGGAAGAGCAUUUGCAUAAGUUACACAUAGAGUAUGUGGAGUUAGUGUCAGCCUGCGAGGAAGCUAGGAAACAAGCGGAGAACCAGACAAGAAGGCUUGGAGAAAUGGAAGAAGAGGUGGAGAGGCAGAGAAUGGUGAUAGUAGAUGCGGCAGAAGAGAAGAGGGAAGCAAUAAGGCAGCUGUGUUUCUCCAUGGAGCAUUACAGGAACAAUUACGAUGACCUUAGAAAUGCAUUUCUUGGGCAUAGGAAGCAGACACCAUCUCCAGUAUUAGCUUCUUGAACUGAGGUGAUGCAUAACAGUAAGUAUAACAUCAUAAUCGAAGAGAAUCCCUCCAUCCAUCCUUACACUCUCUUUCUUUUUUAAUUUUGAGAGUUGAGAGAUUACUACUACUAGCACCACUAUUUUGUAAGUUUGUAUGUAUUAUGAUUUUCUUUUGUCCUUAAAAUGUUGUUAUUAUUGAGUCUAAAACUGGGGUAAUCUAAUGCGUACAGUUAUUUUAA